AUGGACCACCAGUGGAAGUUCGAACAGACAGAAUGUUGCGUCCAAAAUAUGGCAAGCUGGCUCGUCAUCAAUCAGCAUGACAAGAGAUAUUUGAUUCAAGUUUCCUGGCCACUGGAAUGGCAACCAAUUGAAGAACCUUCGGCCGUCACCGAAAAAGCGAACGCAAUAUACAUUGUGGAUGGAAAUGCAAUGAUGCUGUCAGCGACAGAUAUCGUACGACGACGCCGAAUCCACAAGCCAAAGGAAACCCCAACGAUCAUCAUCGGGAUCUCCUACCCGCUGACGCAGUCUGUGUACAGCUCUCGGCGUAGCCAUGAUCUCACUCCCCCAUGUCCAAAAUACGCCACAUCCGAAGGUCCAAAUGGGCAGCCUCAUGUUCCGGAGUAUGGUGGUGCAGAUGAUUUCCUCCAUUUUAUAACGAAAACUGUUCACCACUUUCUGAUCUCGUCGAUAUUCCCUCACGUAUCUAUCCAUCGAACUGCUUUGUUCGGUCAUUCUUUCGGGGCACUUUUCGCCCUCCAUGCCCUCUACACAGCACCCAUGAGCUUCAACGCUUAUCUUGCUGCUAGUCCAUCAAUCUGGUGGAAUGAUGGUUAUAUCUUGCAAGAAGAAGAUCAAUUUUACAACAUGCCAGAAUCAGAUCACCAACCAAAAGUAUGGAUGGCGUAUGGGUCCCUUGAGCAAUCUCCUUUGCCUCAAAAGGAUCAAUCCCCAGAGGAAUAUGAGAAGCGGCUGGCGAUAGCUAAGGAGCGUCGCAUGGGGGACAAUUGCGACCAAAUGUUUGCUCGGCUCUUGCAGAGUGGACGAGUACACUCUGUUGUUAGAAGAAGAUACGAAGAUGAAGAUCAUGGAAGUGUCAUCGCUGGAGCAUUGAGUGGAGCUAUUUUCUACUUCCUUGACCAAGAUGCUGAUGAAUGA